CCCGCUCUUCCUCUCCUUUUUCCUAGGUCCUCGGUGCCGCCGCCCAACGUCCCCACCAAGCACCACCCGUCUGCCACCGCCACCGCUUCCCUCUCCCUCUCCACCCACGCGUGCGCCGCCUCCCCCAGCGCCCCAUCCCCCUCGUCGUUUCCUCUGGCAGACGGGGUCGGCCCCGCGGUGGCGACGCGGGGCGACGUGUACCUAGGGCGGUAGCUCGUGGCCGCAGCUGCGGCGGGCGCCCGCACGCGUGCGCUGGAGGAGGACGUCGAGAGGCGCUGCCUCCGCAAGGAGAAGCGGAGAGUCCUGGCCAAGAAGAUGACCCCAACACACACUCCCGCUCCCAUCCUCUUCUCCAGGGAUGCAAGCAGCUGCAAGGAAGGGCGCGGCGGCGGCGGUAGCGGCGGCGUCCUUCCACUCCACCGCCGCGACGCUCUCAAAAUCCACGCCUCGUAUCCGGUUCAACGUCCGAGAAAAGCGCACAGACGCGAAGAAUGCCCUUAAGAGCAUGGACUAACAUGACACAGUGUGUUUCCUUUCGCCUGUCGUCGCUGUCGGCAGAGAAAAUUCGAUGCCAAAUCACACCUGAUGGCUGAUGUAGUGUCCGCACUAGGAAAUGAAAUUCUAAAGUGACGAUUUGUUUAUCUUGACUGUAUGAUUGUUGGACGUGACAACAUUGUCUUGUUUGUAUCCUGUGUGAGCAGAAGAAGAGGCACAACCAACUAAAGACCGUGCUAUGCGGGCGGUGCAAGGUGCUGUUGCACGGAAGGUGUUUGACAAAAUGACCAAGUAAGCUAUUUUUGGCUUACAUGAAGGGAUGCAUGCUCUUCAUCUUGCAGGCUGGCAGCGGUGUUCGCAAAUCACCACGGAGAAAGCACCUGAGCUAUUUACAGAAGGAGGGGACCCAGCCUUCUUCACGGCUCGCGGCAAUGUCUCCCAUUGAUUCAUUCAUGCAACAAGGAGGGUACCCACCCUUCUUCACGUCGCAUGCAACAAGGGUGAUCGACGCGGACUACCGCCGCCUAGUGGGCGUCGUGCUCUUCAACCACUCAGACGUGGACUUCGCCGUGAAGCCCGGUGACUGCGUCGCACAGAUGAUUGUCCAGGAGAUCGUGACGCCGAAGGUCGCCGAGGUGGAGGACCUCGAUACCAUCGUUUGGGGCGAGGGAGGAUUGGGGUCCACCAGCAUCUGAACUCCGAGCCUUGGUAGAUACAUCUAGAGAAGUGGUAUCUUUAGGCUGCUGGUGGAACACUAGGAAAGGUACCCACCUUUGGUUGUAUGCAUUUACUGUUAAAUGGAAUCACGUGAU